CUCGGAUUACCGCCUCCGUCAACGGAUUUCAAGUUCUUGGGAGAAGCCGCCCCUUUGAGCUGAGGGGGCGGGGCUGGGGCGAGACUUUGGCUGUGCCUAGGCGUUGGGAAUUUCGUCAGUCGUCAGGCAGCAGGGCUGUGAAAGACAGCGGCAGGAGCCAAUCAUCGAAUCGGCUCCCUCCCGGAGCAAGCUCUAGCACCACUGGGUCGCGGCCGUUACUGGUGGCGCGCGCGGGGACUCUAAGUAGGUCAUGGAAGACACCCAGGCUAUUAACUGGGAGGUUGAGGAAGAGGAGGAGACAGAGAUACCCAGUGAAUCCUUGGGGUGUAGCAUGGAGCCCGUAGGGCGAUUGCAUAUCUUCAGUAGUGCCCAUGGACCAGAAAAAGAUUUUCCUCUGUAUCUCGGGAAGAAUAUGGUAGGCCGAAUGCCUGAUUGCUCCGUGACCCUGCCCUUUUCGUCAAUCUCCAAACAACAUGCAGUGAUUGAAAUCUUGGCCUGGGACAAGGCACCUGUCCUUCAAGAUUGUGGCAGCCUCAAUGGUACUCAAGUCCUAAGGCCUCCUAAGGUCUUAAGGCCAGGGGUGAGUCAUCGGCUGAGGGACCAGGAGUUGAUUCUCUUUGCUGACUUGCCCUGCCAGUACCAUCGCGUGAAUGUCCCCCUGCCCUUUGUUGCCCGGGGCCCUCUAACUAUAGAAGAGACACCCAGGGUACAGGGAGGAACUCAACCCCAGGGACUCCUGUUGGCUGAGGACUCGGAGGAGGAAGUAGAUUCUCCUUUGGAAAGGUGUGUGGUGAAAGAAUCAAGGACCUCCCCUUUAGCUGCAGUGGUUCCAGAGAGUGAUGAAGAGGGCCCAUCCCCUGCCCCAGAUGGCCCUGGACCACCUUUUGCCUUCAACCUGGACAGUGACACAGAUGAGGAAGAAAGUCAAUAUCCAGCAUCAGGAGAGGCCUCCUCAACUUCCAGAAAAGGCUCCACUGCAGAGACAGAACAGUCUACAGCUGUGGCAACUGAAACCCAGCCUGAAAAGGACCAGUGUUUAGUGAAGGAGAGGAACAAUGACUCAGAAGUUGAGAGGGAUGCAAGGAAAGGGGCGGUCCCACUUGGGGUGAUUCUGGAGAGAAACCAACCUGCUGGGGAGGAAAGUGACACAGAUGUGGAUGAUGAGAGCAGGCCUCCAGGAGGGCCUGCUGUGGUCCGUUUGGAAAGGGCCCAGCCUUCUGACUUCAUAGACAGUGAUACUGAUGUGGAAGAAGAAGGGAUCCCUGCAACCCCAGCUGUAGUUCCUAUGGAGAAGAGGCAAAUCUUUCAUGGAGUUAGUACAAAGAGUCUACAGGCACCUGCCUUGGUAUAUCUACAGGAGAGCCCAACUGGUAGUGGUACAGAUGUGGGGGGAGGUGAGAUCCAGCUGGCAGUCUCUCUAGAGAGAAGUGGAGCCUCUGUGGUGAUUGACAGCAAUACAGACGAUGAGGAAGAAGUCUUAGCAGCACUCGCUUUGGCACGUCUGAAAGAGAGCCACGCCACUACAUGGGACAGAGAUACAGAUUUGGAAGAGGACAGGGCCCAACCUGUGGCCCUUCUGGCGCAAAGCCAAACUUCUGCUGGGAGAGACAGUAACAUAGACAUGGAGGAGGAAGGGCUCCCAAUGAAAAAGAGAGGAACUGUUUCCAAGGGACAGACAGACAAGGCACAUUCAGAAAAGAGGCAACCUCCUCUCCGAAACAGUGAUCUAGGGGUGGAUGAAGAUAAGAGCUCACUUGGGGUCCAUCUGGAGAGAAGCCAAGCCUCUGCCAUAGUAGACAUCAACAUAGAAGUGGAGGAAGAAGUCCCACCAGAGUCAGCUGUUAUACUUGUGGAGAAGCAUCAGGUGCCUGUGGUAUGGACAGAUCAGACAGAUGUGAAAGUAGAAGAGGGCCAAGCAAAGCUGCCUGUGAUGCAUCUAGAGGAAGCCCAACCUUCGUCUGGGGACAGUGAGACAGUUGCACGGGAGGGCAUAUCCUUAGUAGCCUCAGUGGUGGCAGGUAUAAAAAAGAGCCAGGUUCCAACAGAAGAGGAUGCUGGGACAGACAGGGCUGCAGCUGUUCUUGAGUGCAAGAGAGAUCUUGAGGUGAGGGCCCAAGGUGGGUCACUUGGGUCACAGGUAGAGCAGGAUCUCCUCCCUGUCUUGAGGGAGAAUAUUAGUGAUCUGGUAGUCAAAAGUACUUCGGGGGAAUCCAGCCAGCCACAGAGAGAGGGAGUCGAGACCUCCAUAGAAGGGGAGAGAGAACCACAUAUGGACAGGACCAGGGACUCUCGAGACAGCCACGGUGAUUCUGAAGACAUGGACCUACAGGCUACCCAGUGUUUUGUGGAGAGAGAGAAUCAGAGUCUGGAAGGUACUUUGGAUGACCCGUGGGAAGUCUUGGCAACACAGCCAUUCUGUCUGAGAGAGUCUGAGGCCUCUGAGCCCAAGCUCAUUGUUGCCCAUCUUGAUGCCCAUGGAUCUUGCCUCUCUACACCUUGGACAAUACCACAGGCCCAACAUCCAGAGAGCCCAGUUCACAUAGAGCCAUUGAGGAUUCAGGACAGAGGGAUGAAAGCCAUGGGGACACCAAGAGAAGCAGCAGAGGGAGUGGCCCCCGAGAGAGGACCAUUGGACAGGGAAACCGAGAACCUGCCAGCCGAACAAGAAGAUGGGAUAGGAGAAGAGUUAACCAGAGGGAUACAGGUGUUAGCUAGAGAUACUCAAGGACAGGAGUCUGACCAAAAGAUGAAAAGUGCAAGUAUUAAAAGGAAUAUGGAAAGUUUGAACAUAGAAAUUGAGAUACCGAGGGAAAUACAAGAGAAAGAAAUAGAAAAGCAGACUCUUGCAAGAGAAAUACUUGAGAAAGAAACAGAGAAACUAGUACUAGAGAGAAAGGAUGAGCCAAAUGGGUUAGGAGUUGAGGUACCAGAAGGAAUACUGGAGAGAGGCUCACAGGGAGGGGAGACUGAGAAAGGGAGCGAGGCCCAGGAAGGGCAAGCCUCCAGUCCAACACUAGAGCUUGGAACAGGGACAGGUGAUCAUCAGGGACUUGCUUCAGCCCCAGUAGCUUCUGGGAGACAGUCAGGUGGAGAAGAGGGAGUCCCAGUGAGCCCCAGGAGGCAGCAAAGAGGCCACUUGACUUUUGAGAUGCCACCUGCUGAGAAGGCCUCUGGGGGCGAUCAAGAAUCCACAGAUGCUUGUCAGCCUCCUGCAGUGCCUGAAACCUCAGCCCCACACCAAAACCCCCUCCUCUCUCAGAGUCAAAAACAUCCUGUGCCUCACCCCUUCUGUUCUUCUUCAUCUUCUUUAGAGCCCGUUCCCAGGACCAGGCAAAACAGAAAUCAGAAAGUUCCAGACACUCCCUUGCCAAAACCCAAAGUCAGGCUCCGAGGGUCCUCCAGGAAGACACCCUCUCCAGUUUCUUCUAUAGCCCUUGAACCUCACACUGCCAUUCCCACAGACCAAUCCCUCAGUGCUGAUCCCACAUCUCAGGUCACUCGGGGCAGGACACGUAGGUCCUCUGUCAGGACCCCUGAACCUGUUGUCCCCACAGCCUCUGAGCUGCAGCCUUCCACCUCCAAAGACCAGCCUGUCACCCCUGAGUGCACAUCGCGGAUCACUCGGGGUAGGACACAAAGGUUCUCUGUCAAGACCCCUGAACUAGUUAUCCCUACAGCCCCUGAAAUUCAGCCUUCUACCUCCAAAGAUCAGUCUGUCAAUCCUGAGCUCAUAUCUCAGGGCUGGACAUGUAAAUUUGUCAAGACCCCUCAACCAGUUGUUUUCACAGCCUCUCAGCUCCAGCCUUCCACCUCCAAAGACCAGUUUGUCAUCACUGAGUCUAUAUCUGGGGCUACUCAGGUCAGGGCACAUAGGUCUUCUAUCAAGAUUCCCAAAGCAAUUGUCCCCACAGCCCCCGAGUUCCAGCCUUCUACUUCCAAAGACCAGCCUGUCACCCCUGAGCCCACAUCUCGAGUCACUCGUGGCAGGACACGUGGGUUCUCUGUCAAGACCCCUGAACCAACUGUCCCCACAGCCCCUGACCUCCAGCCUACAACUUCCAAAGAUCAGUCUCUCAUUACUGAGCCUACAGCUGGGGCCACUCACAGCAGGACACAUAGGUCUUCUGUCAAGAUUCCUGAGCCAGUUGUCCCAACAGCUCCUGAAGUCCAGUCUCUCAUCCCCCCAGACCAGUCUAUCACCCCCAAACCCACAUCUAAGGGUAGGACAUCCAGGUCUUCUGUCAAGACCCCUGAACCAACUGUCCUCACAACCCCUGAGCUUCAGCCUACCACUCCCAAAGGCCAGCCUGUCACCCCCAAAUGUACAUCUCAGGGUAGGAUACCUAGAUCUUCUAGCAAGACCCCCAAACCUGUUGUCCCCACCGUCCCUGAGCUCCAGGCUUCCACCCCCACAGACAAGCCUGCUACUCCCAAACUCACAUCUCGGGCCACUCGGGGUAGGACACAAAGGUCAUCUGUCAAGACCCCUGAGCCAAUUGUCCCCACAGAUUUACAGCCUUCCAUCUCCACAAACCAGCCUGUCACCCCUGAGCCCACAUCUUGGGCCACUCCGGGAAGGAUAGAUAGGUCCUCUGUCAAAAUCCCCCAACCAAUUGAAUCCACGGCCUCUGACCUUGAAUCUCUCAACCCCAUAGAUCAGCUGAUUACCCCUAAGGCUAUAGCUGAGGGUGGUCAGGGUAAGACACUGAAGUCUACAAUAAGUGCUGUUCCAGUUCUGACCACCCCUGAAUCCCAAUCUCCUGUCCCCACAGACCAGCCUAUUCCUCCUGAGCCAAUCCCUCAAGCCAACUGCAGCAGAAGCAUGAGGGCCACUAGGAAGCAUGGGUCCUUCACAGUUCCCAUUGUCUGUGAGCCUUACUCUGCACCCACUAAACCUAACUCUCGACCCUCAAAGAACCAGAGACGAGGAGCAGUGAGAGCAAUUGAGUCUCUUAGGACUAUUACCGAUUCUGCUCUUGCCCAGCUUCCUGAGGCCCGCAUUCAUGCUACCCGGAUGCAAAAGGGAGAGGCAGCAGGCAGAUCUGAGUUUAUCCUAGAGCCCCAGCCUAAGCCCUCUCAGAGCCGCAAGAGGCCUUUGGCUACUGUGGAUUCACCCCCACUUCAAAAACGGCUCCAACAGAAGACUGUAUCCCUCAAGGAAGAGGAAGAAGAUUCUGCAGAGAGGCCAAGGAAGGAGGAGGAUGCAGUGAUUCCAGGAUCUGGCAAGAGAAAGAGAGACCAAACAGAGGAGGAGCCAAGGGGAAUCCCAAGCCGCAGCCUUCGGCGGAUCAAACCUAACCAAGAAUCCAUAGCGCCCAAAGUACUCUUCACAGGUGUGGUGGAUGCCCGUGGAGAACGGGCUGUGCUAGCCCUGGGAGGGAGUCUGGCGAACUCAGUGGCAGAGGCUUCCUACCUUGUGACUGAUCGAGUCCGCCGCACAGUCAAGUUCCUGUGUGCCCUGGGGCGGGGGAUCCCCAUCCUCUCCCUGGACUGGCUGCACCAGUCCCGCAAGGCUGGUUGCUUCUUGCCCCCGGAUGAAUAUGUGGUGACUGAUCCUGAGCAGGAGAAGAACUUUGGCUUCAGCCUUCGAGAUGCUCUGAGCCGGGCUCGAGAGAGAAGGUUGCUGGAGGGCUAUGAGAUCUAUGUGACCCCAGGAGUCCAGCCACCACCACCUCAAAUGGGAGAGAUCAUCAGCUGCUGUGGAGGCAUUGUCCUAUCCAGCAUGCCCCGGUCCUAUAAGCCUCAGAGAGUUGUGAUUACAUGCUCCCAGGACUUCCAUCGAUGCUCUAUUCCAUUUCGGGCUGGGCUGCCUAUCCUCUCACCUGAGUUCCUGCUGACAGGAGUGCUGAAGCAAGAAGCCAAGCCAGAGGCCUUCAGCCUCUCCACUUUGGAAAUGUCAUCCUUGUGAAAACAUCACUACAAUAUUUACUCUUUUCCCUCCCAGACCAGUAAAUAAAAUGUUAGAAAAGAUUUGGAAGAAAGAACCUAGGGCUUUAGGAAGGAUUGGGGUAUACUGACCUAAUUUGUCUUAGGACUUGGGUGGAGCUGAAAAGACUUAUGGGUAAACAAAAAGAUAAUGAGAUUCUGAGCCACAGAUUUCUUAAAUGGCCACUUAGAGUCCAGUAAUCCCAUACUCAGAUAUCAUAAGUGGCUGCCCUUAGCAGGACUGACAUACUUACUUCUGUGUGGCAUACAUAGGUGUCCUGCUUCCUGUUUGGAAGCCAUCUCUCUCCCUCUUUGACUUGGAUUCUGACUCAUUCUCUGAAAGAUAGUAGAAACAAUUUUAGUGUCAAGAACCGGAAGGGAUGCUUGGAGUGAGUAAAUUUGAGGUUGGAGGUAUGGAAUGCUACUAAAAUAUUUUUCGCUCUCAUCACCCUAUCUUGUUAGAAGUAUUCUUUAGCUUUGACUUUGAGCAAAUCUGCACUUUUCUGGCCUGCUUUUCCAGUAUUUAUAAAAUUAGAGCUUAGGUUUAAUCUCUGUGAUAAAUAUUCACUCUGUGCCUUAUGGUGUAGUGGAGGGUUUUUUUUAAAACAUAUUAAAUUUUAUUUAUGCAUUU